AUGUAUAACUACGCGCCCAAUCCAAACACGCCCACCCAAUUCUUGGUCGACACAACUCUGGCUGGCUUGGCUGCUGCUCAGUGGUAUCCUCCUGCCGGAUACAGCACAAGCUUCACCAGCCAGUUGGCUGGUCUCUUCGCACCAAACUACCUUGGCUACCAACAACUGGCUUCCUACGACACUAGUGCAUGUGCUGCUUACUGCAAUGCUCGCUCUGAUUGCAACGCUUUCAACAUCUACAUCCAGCGUACGCCUACUUUCAUUCCUGAUGACUCUUGUCCCAAUCCUACCGCCGGUGCCUCCAUUACCUGCGCACUUUAUGGUGGUGCCGUGGAUGCCUCGCAAGCUACCAAUAUCGGCCAGUACCGCAAGGACUUCAUGGUUGUUAUCCAAGGCUCUAACGGCUACAACCUCAACCCUGUACCAGCGUCGGUCUCUUCUUUCCAGGGCCCUACUGCUCUCAGUGGAGUUGCUUACAGCUCCAAUAUCUACCUGGGUCAGAAGUACUUCUCCACGUAUGAUGUCAGUCAGUGUAGUACUUUGUGUAACACGUACACUGCGAACAACAAGUCACAGAACGCCCAGUCUUCAACAUACACUCCUUGCAACUAUUUCAAUGUCUUCAACCUCACUCUGAAUGGACAAACUCAAUUGAUGGGAUGUUAUCUAUUCAGUACGGCCAAUGCAUCAAAUUACGCCACCUACAGAACAGCACAGGACUCCAGCGGCACAGUAUAUAACUUGACCAACUCCUACGGCUAUGCGCUC